CAGAGCGCGGGGUCUGGAUGCGGGACUCUGAGAAGCUGCAGACCUUCAGGACCGAGCCGGACUCUUCUCCAGACCCGACCCGAACCGAACCGAACCGGACCGGACCGUGCUGUGCUGCAGACAUGCUGGAGACCAGCGGUGACGACCUGUUCCUGCCGGCGGGUCCCGAGGUGGAGCUGGUGGACCAGCUGCUGUCCGGCCUGGACGGGGACGGGGACGGGGACGGCGGGAGCAGCGGCUCCCUGGCCAAGGCCUUCCAGCCGCUGCCGGAGCCGCCGCGCCCCCCCGCGGUGCCGUGGGACUGCUCCACCCGCUACAAGACGGAGCUGUGCAGCAGCUACUCCAACAGCGCCGCCUGCAAGUACGCCGAGCACUGCCAGUUCGCGCACGGCCUCCACGAGCUGCGCGCCCCCUUCCGCCACCCCAAGUACAAGACGGAGCUGUGCCGCAACUUCCACGCCACGGGCUACUGCUACUACGGCCUGCGCUGCCUGUUCGUGCACGGCGCCGCCGAGCAGCGGCCCGUGGUGCGCCGCCGCCGCAACGUGCCCUGCCGCAACCUGCGCGCCUUCGGGGUCUGCCCCUUCGGCACCCGCUGCCUCUUCCAGCACGGCGAGGGGCCGGACCCGGACCCCCCCGCGGCGGAGAAGACCCCGUCCGGGUCCCGCCCCAAGGCGGCCAAGACGGAGUGCCAGACCUUCAGCACCUUCGGGUUCUGCCUGCACGGAACCCGCUGCCUGUUCCAGCACGCCGUCCCCAGGAAGCCCCGCCCCGAGCCGGGCCGCGUCUCCCGCCUGCCCUCGGCCACCUCCGCCGGCUCCUCCACCUCCUCGUCCCCCCCGCCCUGCACGCCGUCGCCGUCCCCGGACGCCACGGCCCACAACGCCUUCACCUUCUCCAGCCGCCACCUGAGCGAGCUGCUGCUGCCGCUGGCCCUGCAGCUGCAGGGGCUGGACGGGGACGGGGCCCGGGGCCCGCCCGGCUGGGCCGGGGGGGCCGUCUGA